AUGACCCCGAGUGACGCGUCUCACCGUUCCCUAAAAACGCCGGAGUUGUCUGAAUAUCAGAGCUGUUCAUCCCGUUACGAGCGCACCGAUUGCAAUGAGAUAUCCGAAGACGAUUCGCGUCCUAAACCUACUAUCGGCCAGUUCUCCUUUGCCCCCACGACACAGACCACGAUUGUCACGACAACCACUACGACCAUGACCAAAUUUCCCCCUUUGAUCAUGCACCCACCGCGCGUUCUCCAGAGCCUUGACCCAAAACAAUACCCUCUUGCUGCAGCACCGACUCCUGAGUCGCUGAGGGAUAUCAGGUUUAAUCUCAACGGGAAAUCAAUUGUCCUCCAUGAGCCUGACGAUGCACCUGGUGCCUUAGCCGAGGGACAAGAAGAAUUGAAGACAUCAGCCGGUAACACCAGAUCAGCCACCGCUACGACUAAUCCCUCGGCACCUAUCUCUUCAAGUCGCGGUCGGAUUUUGGGUUCACGGCAUCGGCCAUUCAGGAAUACAAAACGGGCUGUCUCCCCCGUGCCAUUUGCCGGAUCGUCGCAAGCAUCGAACCCAAGCCCUUCGCGAUCUCUUGUCUCCGAUUCCUUGAUCUGUCGACACCCGCGACGAAGACAUCUCAGCUCUGCCCAGGAUCCCUGUCACGUGACUGAAGUCGGGCUGGCCACGCCGGAAACAGAAAGUGCCAGUUUCGCGCUUGACAGCGAGAUAUACAAUCCAGAAAGAACAUCCCAGCCGAGACCGCCCGUUAAGCGCCAGAAUGAGAAUCCACCUGCAGCCGGAGAAAGCCGCCGGCGGAGUGUGGAUGAUGGCGAAGCGUCGCCGUUGGUUGAGAAGCCCUCCGAAUUUCCUUCCGAGUCUUUCGGGUCUUCGAUAUCGUCAGAAGCAGAUAAUCCCCCUACACAGGAUCGUCGCCUGCGCCCUCUGGUGUCUAGGCUGCUGGCCACAGAUCAGAGCAGAGGUGAAAAUAUCCCUCUACCGAGCCCAAGGCUAUCUCCUGUGACUGCGAUGAAUUCUCUUCAGCAAGAAACAUCAUUUGACUCAGCCGAAGAUCCAGCCACGGAUACAGAUUCAGUCGCUGAUCAGUUCCCAAAAGAGUCGAAUUUAGCUGGUAAUCGCCGCGCCGGCCCCAAAAAUGCUGUUGGAAAAGCCGAUACGGACCAGACAUCACCUUCGAUGUCGCUUAUGGACAUGCCUGUUGUGCUGGGCUACUUCGACUCCAUACCGGAUGAACUCAAAUCUUAUUUCAUGUAUCAGUUACUAAGGAGGUGUCCAAAGCCAACACUCCAGCUCGUUGCUGACGUUGUCAACCCGGCCCUGAAAUGCGAUUUCUUGGCGCUGCUGCCUCUGGAGCUCUGUCUCAACAUUGUUAAAUUCUUGGACGUAGUGUCCAUGUGUAGGGCAUCCCAAGUCUCCAAAAAAUGGAGGCAUAUCAUAAAUUCCGAUGAAAAGACUUGGAAAGCUCAUUUCGACGCUGCUGGGUUCACGCUUCCUGAAGGAGAGCUUCAAAGGGCUAUUGAAGAAGGCUGGGGGUGGCAGUACGCCGACGAUUACGAGAGGGAUCUACGCUUGCUUUCGAGGCCCACUAGUGAACAGUCGGCCGACUCGCCUGAGUCCAUCCUCCAACUGAAAGACUCCUCGUCAUUGGCAUGUCCUCGACGACCAAAAAGAAAGGCUGAGUCAAGCUCGCCUUCUCGAAGGCAAGUGAAGAAGCAGUCGCCGAAAGAUAAUACGUCCAGGUCGCCCGGAAUUUCCGACUGGUUACAUGAUUCGAAGGUGGCUGAAGUCCCAUACGCGGCAGCGAGUGCAGCGGCCUUAGCUGUUCCCUAUCCUAACGUUGGUUUACCAUCCCUCCAAAGUUUACACCUUUACAAAUCACUUUAUCAGCGCCAUCAUCUGAUACGCAAGAGAUGGAUGGAUCCAAACGCUAAGCCGCAGCAUCUCGCCUUCCAGGCGCAUGAUCGCCACGUUGUCACUUGUCUCCAGUUUGAUACUGAUAAAAUCCUCACGGGUAGCGAUGACACCAACAUUCAUGUGUAUGACACCAAAACUGGUGCCCUUAGGGCGACUCUUGAAGGACAUGAGGGCGGGGUUUGGGCUCUAGAAUAUCAUGGUAACACUCUCGUUUCGGGUUCUACCGACAGGUCAGUGCGAGUUUGGGAUAUUGAAAAGGCAGAAUGCACCCAGACUUUCCAUGGGCAUACUUCAACAGUCCGAUGCUUGCAAAUAUUGUUACCAUCUCAAAUUGGUCGCAGAUCGGACGGGAGUCCGGAAAUGAUGCCAAAAGAGCCCCUGAUCAUUACCGGGUCGCGAGAUUCUAGCUUGCGUGUUUGGAGGCUUCCACAGCCAGGAGAUCCGAAAUACUUUCAGGCAGGACCAGAUGACUCCUCUUGUCCGUACUUUGUUCGGGCAUUGAACGGUCAUACUCAUUCCGUCCGGGCAAUAGCAGCGCACGGUGAUACACUUGUCAGCGGCAGUUAUGAUUGCACCGUAAGAGUGUGGAAGAUAUCUACCGGCGAAGCCGUUCAUCGAUUGGAGGGACACACUCUUAAAGUUUACAGUGUCGUUCUGGAUCAUAAGAGGAAUCGCUGUAUCAGUGGUUCAAUGGAUCAUUCGGUCAAAAUCUGGUCACUCGAGACCGGUACGCUUCUAUAUAACCUCGAAGGACAUUCAUUACUCGUGGGUCUUCUCGAUCUCCGGGCGGAUAAGCUCGUAUCAGCUGCUGCUGAUUCGACGCUUAGAAUCUGGGACCCAGAAACGGGACAAUGUAAAAGCACACUAACAGCACAUACCGGUGCGAUUACCUGUUUUGAACAUGAUGACCAGAAGAUUAUAUCCGGCUCCGAUCGUACAUUGAAAAUGUGGGAUAUUAAGACAGGAGAGUGCUUGAAGGAUUUGCUCAGUGACCUUAGUGGGAUGUGGCAAGUCCGCUUCAACGAUAGAAGAUGUGUUGCCGCUGUUCAGAGGGAUGGCCUCACAUACAUUGAGAUGCUUGAUUUUGGCGCAUCUCGAGAUCGAGUUCCGAUUGAUCGUUUGGGUCGGAGAAUUGUGGUGGACAGAUAUGGUGGAGAAGUACAAGAAGAGAAUGAAGGAACUGGUGAUAGAGAUGGUUCAGACGAAUGAACGUACAACAUCGACUCAUAUUAUCCAAACCGGAGAUCUGACUUCGAUAUCACCGCCGUCUCAGCAAACUAUGGAUGAACGGCGCAACUUUUCAGAUAUUUUAUGAUACCCUUGUCCUACUUUGUUUCCGUGGGAGGAACAGAGCCAUAAUGUGUAUUUUCAACGCCAGCCAUUCACGCACUAGACGGCAUACAUACUCAUUUGUUCGGCUUACGUACCUUUUUGGUCAUUGCGCUCUGUUCUGGAGAAAGGUGUUAAAGAGGCGCUAAUGAUUUGAUGGAUUCGAAUAUCAAUAGGGUGUGCCACAGGAUUUUUUCAUGAAUUAUGGACAACGACUUUUCAUUUCUGACAACCGGCGGCCUCAAAAUUCUUUGUGAUGCAGCAUUUUUCCUCAUGUACACUCGACUGUUUGCAUUUCAUUAACUGUCUGGAGUCUAACGGCCUGGGAAUGUCAAGGCGUUGGUAUAUGGAGUACCGUUGCAUUUUUAUUGUCGAUAAAAUCAAACUAUGACAUGCACUUCUUUUUUGUCUCUUUUUAAACACCAACAUUCGGUCGCCUAUCUUGCUUGGUGUUAAUAAGGGUUUACGAAGUUUGUCGAUGUCAUUGAAUAGUAGCAACACUUUCGGGCGCAGGCCUCUUUGCUUACAGAAGCAAAUAUAUGACAUAGAGGGACUUCUCUGGCCAAAUCAAAGGCUUAAAUAGGUGAUUUCCUGAGUCACACCACGCUCUCAAUCUAGUGCAGCAGUUCGGGUAAGAUAUCAAUAAUAGUAAGCUCCUCCUGAAAAGUGUAGGACCACUUCUCCACCAGGGCGAUAUGCUACUAAUUCGCCAACUCAAACUUGCAGAAGCCAGUCUCACUUAUAUUUUAAGGUAAAUAAGUGUAACAACACUGGGGAUUACAGAAAGCAUUAGCCUGGAAGUGUCAAUAUGUGGUACUGAUUUCGUAGAACAUGCCUGCGUUGAUACAUAGGAUCAGAUAGGAUGCGAGCGACAAAGAGAGUAGGAUGCCUAUAGCCUUGCUAUUUGGCUAUUGUCCAAUUUUGUAGAGCUCUAAAGCGAAAAUUUCGGGGCGCAGCUGGAGGUACAAGUCUACAGCACUGGCCCAUCAAGCAACAACAGCGCAUCGCUGUGGCACCUAUAAUAUAUUCGUCCGACCUUUAACAAUAGAGAGUAUGCAGUUAAUAUAUAUCUCUAUAUUCGCUAUGUCCGCUAUAUUUUAGACCUUAUAUAUCCCCAUGUCCUGUGUAACGCCAAAACUUUGAGUCUAUGUAUAUGCACAGAAUACUUUGUGUAGGUAUGUAAGUAUAUGCAAAUCUCCAGCCAUUUGCUAUCACAACGUGCAAGCAAAACAGAACAAUUAUCUCUUAAGUUUGAACCCCUUAGGGAUUUGAUC